UCAAACUCAUAUUCCACGUACCCGCUGGCAACACCGUCUGUGAUAGCACCAUCCAAUGGCACCUCCAGCCAAGCUUCCCACCCGCAGGCUGGGCAAAAACGGCCCUGAAAUCCCAGCCAUCGGUUUCGGGUUGAUGGGGCUGAGCACUGCAUACGGUUCUGUCGGCUCGGAUGAAGACCGCCUCAAAGUGCUCGACCGAGCCUGGGAACUAGGCUACACCAACUGGGACUCGGCCGACAUGUAUGCCGACAGCGAAGACCUGCUGGGGAAGUGGUUCGCCCUCCACCCCGAACGCCGCGCCGACAUCUUCCUCGCCACCAAAUUUGCCCUCCAGUACGGUCCCAACGGCCUGACCAUCAACAGCUCCCCGGCCUACUGCCGCCAGCAGUGCGAAAAGAGCCUUCGGCGGCUCGGGACAUCGUACAUCGACCUCUACUACAUCCACCGCGUAGGCGGCAAGACGCCCAUCGAGCACACCAUGGCCGAGCUGGUCAAGCUGAAAGCCGAGGGCAAGAUCCGGCACAUUGGGAUUUCGGCUGCGUCGGCGGAUACAGUUCGCCGGGCUGCUGCCAUCGACCAUGUUGAUGCCUACCAGGUGGAAUACAGCCCUUGGUCACUCGACAUUGAAGGGCCCGAGACCAAUCACUUGCUUCAGACCUGCCGGGACUUGGGCGUCGCCGUUUUUGCGUACUCCCCGCUGGGAAGGGGCAUCAUGACGGGUCAGAUCAAGUCGCCGGAUGACUUUGAGCCUGGGGACUUGAGACGGCUGUUUCCCCGGUUCAGCAAGGAGAACUUCCCCAAGAAUCUGGCGCUGGUGGAAAAGUUCAGGAUCAUGGCGGACAAGAAGGGUUGCACGCCUGGUCAGUUGACUGUGGCUUGGUUGAUGGCGCAGGGGGAGGAUAUCUUUCCCAUUCCGGGGACGAAGAAUAUCAAGUAUUUGGAGGAGAACGUCGGCGCGGUGCGGGUGGAAGUGAGUGAAGACGAGGAGAGGGAGAUACGGGGUUGGUUGAACGACUUUGGCUUUGCGGGGAUACGGGUGCCGCCUGGGUUGUUGGAUGAGUUUAAUGACACGCCUCCUCUGUCGUAGGCAUCAUGAGACUGAGGUAGUAAUUGAUCGUUGAUGAUUCCACGCCAGCUGAAG